ACAGAUAAAUUACUCGUAAGGUUAGUUUUACGCAAUUUUUCACUCGAUCUCCGUGGGGAGGCAGAUAAACCAAAUUUUAAAGUGAAAAAUCUUUAAAUUAUAUGUGAAAAUUUCAUAAAAGUACAUAAAAUCAACUUAUCUAAUAUGUAUGGCUAUGUAGGAUUGCGUGCUCUUGCACCAUUGACAUCAUCGUUGCUAGGAAGAAGCAUCAAUAAGUUGAUUUUGAAUAAAAGAAUUUUCACAUGUGAUUACUGCCGUAAUGCUCCUUCGGUCUCGGUUGUGGCAUCAGGACCCUUAUUCAACCAAACUAUUCGUAAAUACGCAGUGGAGAAAAAAGUUUUUGAGCGUUCAAAGCCCCAUUGCAAUGUAGGAACGAUUGGCCAUGUUGAUCAUGGUAAAACAACACUCACUGCAGCCAUAACCAAAGUUCUAGCAGACCGCAAGUUGGCUGAAAGCAAAAAAUAUAAUGAAAUCGAUAAUGCCCCCGAAGAGAAAGCUCGUGGUAUUACCAUCAAUGUAGCCCACGUCGAAUACCAGACUGAAAACCGACACUACGGUCAUACUGAUUGCCCUGGACACGCUGAUUACAUAAAGAACAUGAUAACUGGAACAGCACAAAUGGACGGAGCUAUCUUGGUUGUAGCAGCUACUGAUGGAGCUAUGCCCCAAACGAGGGAGCAUUUAUUAUUGGCCAAGCAGAUUGGUAUAAGUCAUAUUGUGGUAUUCAUCAAUAAAGUUGACGCAGCGGACCAGGAAAUGGUUGACUUGGUUGAAAUGGAAAUUCGCGAGCUGAUGUCUGAAAUGGGCUACGACGGAGACAAUGUUCCCGUGAUCAAGGGUUCAGCAUUAUGUGCUCUCGAUGACAAGAGCCCUGAGAUAGGUUCAGAGGCUAUCUUACAGUUAUUGAAGGAAGUUGAUACUUUUAUUCCUACACCAGUUCGUGAGUUGGAUAAGCCUUUCUUGUUGCCUGUAGAAAACGUUUACAGCAUUCCUGGGCGCGGAACUGUUGUGACAGGGCGUCUGGAACGUGGUGUAGUAAAGAAAGGCAAUGAAUGUGAAUUUGUUGGUUACAACAAGGUAAUCAAGUCAACCGUUACUGGAGUAGAAAUGUUCCAUCAGAUUUUGGAUGAAGCCCAAGCUGGAGACCAAUUAGGAGCACUUGUUCGUGGAUUGAAACGUGAUGAUAUUAAGCGGGGCAUGGUUAUGUGCAAACCAGGUUCAGUGAAAGCUCUAGAUCAAAUCGAAGCUCAGGUUUAUAUUUUGAACAAGGAAGAAGGUGGUCGUACAAAGCCAUUUAUGAGCUUCAUUCAACUGCAGAUGUUUUCGCGAACAUGGGAUUGUGCGGUGCAAGUGCAAAUACCCGACAAAGAAAUGGUUAUGCCUGGCGAAGAUACCAAAUUAAUUUUGAGACUUAUUCGCCCUAUGGUUUUAGAGCAAGGCCAAAGGUUCACAUUACGCGAUGGAAAUUUGACUUUGGGAACUGGUGUGGUAACAAAAGUCUUACCGGUUUUGUCACCAACCGAACGUAUGGAACUAACUGAAGGAAAGAAAGCACGCGAAAAGAAGCAAGCUGUUAAAAAAUGAGUAAAACAUUUACUUUAAUCUAUUGUUUUCACUCUUUCUUUAAGAAUAGUUCAUUAUUUUGUAUUUUUAGUUAUUAUAAUUGAUAAAAAUGUCAUACUAACAA